AUGACCAUGACCAUGAUGGCGCGGGCAUCUUUGGUCAUGCUCCUCGUCCAGCAGGGCCUGGGAAAGGAGCCAUCGAACGCCUCUGACGCCGAGUGCCUCCUUCAAAAGAGGCACGACUUCGAAGAAGACGGUGCUCUGAGCGGCCUGGCUCUUUCGGACUCGAUCAUGCACUUCGCUGAUUCCCUGCAGCCAGGUGCCACGCAGGACCUCCUGCGCUCCUUCCGCAUCUGUGGCCGCUGCAAAGAAUGGCGGCGCUUCGGCGAAGAGAGAGAUGGUGGGUACUUGUCUUGUGUGGACCACAUGGAGCCUGAAGACAUCCGCGCUGCAUACUCCAUGGGCAUCGAACACCAUGACAUGUGGUCCAUGCACAUCCACGACAACUUUGGGGUCCCCAUCUAUCAAUACGAUUGCACGGUCGACGAGCCUGCUGCUGUCUGUGACAAGUGCAAGUUCUUCCAAUCCUGCCUGCAGGGUGAAAAUGGCAAGGGGGGCUUCCCAGACAAGACUGCCUGGACCCUGAAACAGGCAAUUGUCAAAUCCGGCAAAGACAAGCUGCCCGAUCGUAGUCUCCUGAUGAAGAUGGACAUUGAGGGUGCUGAGUGGCCUACACUUGGCACAGCGAGCCAGGAGACGUUAUCAAAGUUCCGGCAGCUGUUGAUCGAGUUCCACGACCUGGACGACGAGAAGCGCCACACUGAAUUCCUGCAGACCAUGCAGAACCUCAACAAGGCGUGGGGUUGUGAAAAAAGAUGCAAGAGCUGA